AUAUUCAUAAUCGAAACCCAGUUGUUUUGUCACACCGGUCACACGUCACACCAACCCAUAUACACCAACCAUCAUGUCCGACGAUGAAAUGAAUAUCGACGAAGUGGCUAAUGGCGGCGCUGUGAGGCGGAGAGGCAGAGGAUUCCAAAACACGUCAGGCGGAAACGAUGGCACAGUCACCGCAGAGCCUACUUACGACAGAGUUGAAUCUUCUCAUGUCAAAGACGACACGAGAGCCGCGCGAUCCGUUGAAGGUUGGAUUGUUUUAGUCACCAAUGUACACGAAGAGGCAACAGAGGAAGAUGUCACGGACAAGUUUGCAGAGUUCGGAGAGAUAAAAAACCUCCAUUUAAAUUUGGACCGACGCACAGGCUAUGUCAAGGGCUACGCACUCGUGGAGUAUGAGACCAUGACUGAGGCCCAGGCUGCUAUUGAUGGCGCAUCGGGAACACCAUUAUUAGAACAGGUAGUCCAAUGUGACUACGCGUUCGUUCGGCCCCCUCCCUCGGGGCCGAAAAAAGGCAGAGGAGCUCGGGAAGGGCGCGGUCGGAGUGCUAGUCCGUCACGCAGACAGAGAGACUGAGCUUUGUUUACUGUAAUUUGAUCGAUGCUGUUCUCCCGCAAUGACAUCUAUUCACCGAUGCGACGUGACGGCGUGCUUAUGAAAGGCCCCGGCGAGACUUAGUCGUACCUGCACGUCGAUUAUGGGCGGGUGUGACGGUUGAUCUCAGUCAGGCAGUGUGUAACUUGCUGCUCGGAGCACGUUUCAAAUGAGUUGAGCAAUGCACGGCAGCUUACUUAGCUACAUACACAUUCCCUGUAACAUGAUACUACACACUAGCUUGGCUGCAGUCAACAACAAGUCGACAGACUGUCAAGCCGUCAUUGGAGGGCGGCCGGGCGUGCCGGGCGCUCGCCGACGAGCUUGUUUACCUUUGUUCCCACCGAUUACAUAACG